AUGGCAUCUUUAGGGCUACAGAUUCUGGGGGUUGUGUUGGCGGUGCUUGGAUGGCUAGGAAACAUUCUCAUCUGCAUGCUGCCCCUGUGGAAGGUGUCUGCUUUCAUUGGGAACAACAUUGUCGUGGCUCAGACCAUCUGGGAGGGUCUGUGGAUGACCUGUGUUGUGCAGAGCACGGGCCAGAUGCAGUGCAAGGUGUACGACUCCCUGCUGGCUCUACCUCCGGACCUCCAAGCAGCCCGAGCAAUGAUCGUCAUCGCCAUCCUCUUCUCUCUGUUUGGCCUGCUGCUCUCUGUGGUCGGAGGCAAAUGCACCACCUGCAUCGGGGACAAAUCUGCAAAAGCCAGGGUGGCCAUCUCCGCUGGUGUUUUCUUCAUCCUAAGCGGGGCUCUGUGUCUUGUGACCGUGUCUCUGCCCGCUAAUACCAUCAUAAAGGACUUCUACAAUCCCAUUGUUCCAGAUGCUCAGAGGAGAGAGCUGGGUGCAUGUCUGUACAUGGGCUGGGGAGCAUCAGGACUUCUGCUGAUUGGAGGUGCUCUCCUAUGCUGCCAGUGUCCAUCAGGAGGAGACCGCUACACUGGGCCAAGGUACUCCCCACCUAAAUCUACAACACCCGGGAAGGAAUUUGUCUGA